GUCAACGUCACUGUCAAACUCAGCCGAAGAAAACCAUGAAAACAUUGGAAAUCGGCUUUCGGAAGUUCUAAAUCUGAAUGUGUCAAUAAAAAGAAGAAAUAAAAUCUAAAAAAUUAUGUAAAAUAUUAAUAAGCAAUAGCGUAUUUUAAAUAUACAUAAGGAAAGCUCGUAAAUUUAACGCACGAAUUGCAAUAACCUCCAAACACAUGUACGGUAAACUUAGUCUAAUUAGCAGAGUAGUUAGAAUACAUAGUGUGCGCUAUUACAAAAAAGACACUAAGAAGCUGUUGGAAUUUCUAGCCAGUAUGCCGAAGCCCAAUUCUGAUAGGAUAGCGGAGGCCCAACGCCAGCGUCAGACCAUUUCCAAAAAGUCUGAAAAGUACGGCCCCAGUACAGUGUACCUACAAGUAUUGGGUUCCGGUGCUAGAGGAGCCCCCAACACUUUGUAUCUAUUUACGGAUCAAAAGAGGUACUUAUUUAACUGUGGAGAGGGUACUCAAAGGCUGGCACAUGAACACAAAGUGAAGUUGUCACGACUUGAUGACAUCUUCAUUACAAACAAGACGUGGAGAAAUAUUGGUGGUUUACCAGGCCUCUCACUAACACUUCAAGAUGUUGGUGUACCGAAUAUCACAUUGCAUGGGCCAGAAGGAUUGGAUGAAUUGUACAAUGCAACCAAGAGGUUUGUGAUAAUGAAGGACAUGAAUGUCAAAAUGGCAAAGUGCAGCAGCUCCGAGGACUUUAAAGACAAUGUGAUGACUGUCAAAUAUGUACUUAUGGGUCCCCAAGGCAGUAUCCUUCAAACAGACCCCAAACCAGCAGCAAAGAAGCCCAAACUGGAUGAUAAGAUACCAGUUGAGUUCGAGGAGUUCAUACAUGAUGACACAGAUUACUACAAGUCUCGCCAAGCAACAGCAAACAGCAAAAAUACGAAUUUUAAGCCUAAUGCGAAACUGCAUAGCAAUGAAAAAGAUCAUUACAAGAAAAAGACUGAGAAAGUUCUGGAAGAUCUACUUAAUCCACAUUAUUCUACAGUUGCAUACAUCUGUACCAUAAAGAAACGCCUGGGCACUUUAGACCUGGAAAAAUGCGUAGAAUUUGGAGUUAAACCAGGCCCGAUGUUAGGGCAAUUGAAGAGUGGUCAUGACGUAGUGUUGCCGGACGGACGACUGGUCCUGUCCAAGGACGUGAAGACGCCUGACGACCCUGGACCAGUAUUUAUUGUGCUGGAAGUGCCGGAGCUGUCGUACCUGAACGAGUUGGAGUUUGCAGCGCACUUCGACAGUGACAGCAACCCGCCAGAGAACAUCCCCACUGUCGUCGUGCAUUACACGCCGCCACACGUCCUCCAACAUCCCAAGUAUCGUGCCUUCAUGGCAAAGUUUGGAACCUCAACACGCCACCUGAUCCUCAACUCUCAGAACUCUUGCCUGGGUUCGGAAGCGGUGCAUCGAACUCAGCACAAACUGCACCUAUUGGAUGCGGAUAUGUUUCCGAUGUUACGCGACUUGAGCGUGCCCGCUCUAUGGACCCCCAGUCCAUCUUUGCCACAGACUGAUAGCCCGAUACGACUGAAGGGGUUGGAGGAACUGAAGAAUAAGAUCGCCGCGGCUCAGUUCCAGAACCUAAUUAGUGCGGAGGGCUCGUGCGGCGGCGACGCGGGAGUUUGCGCCGCGGACUCGCUCGCUAAGCUCGAGCUGAUUGCAGGUCGAACGCUCACGAUGUUCCAUUUGAGGCCGAAGAAGCAACUUGAUAGAUCAGCGGAACCGAAACUCCACAUCCAAGACUACCUUCAAGAGGCGAUGAACGCAGAUGGCUUCGUGGAGAGCUUGGAGAAGUUCCGCAGUCUCGUGGACAGCAUGCGCUAUGCGAACAGCGGCGCUCAGAAGGAGUACCCCAAGGUUGUGUUCCUGGGGACUGGCUCUUGUAUACCCAGCAAGACGAGGAACACUAGCGCUAUUGUUGUGCAAGUUGAUGAAAACCGGUCCAUAUUGUUAGACUGUGGUGAAGGAACAUUCGGGCAGUUGGUGCGUUUCUACGGGCCCAAGCGCGUCAACACCUUCCUGAGGUCACUCAGGGCUAUCUACGUAUCGCAUCUGCACGCUGACCACCAUAUCGGUCUAAUCGGAGUUCUGCAGGCUCGACGGCAGGCGUUUGAAGAAUCAAAAGAGCAGACUCCAAUAACACCGCUGUACCUUCUGGCUCCUGGUCAGAUAGUGACGUGGCUCUCCAUAUACGACCACCAGUUCGAGCCGAUUCGGGAAGAGUUCACCCUUAUACCCAAUCAGAGUUUGCUGGAUUCAAACAAUGAAUCGUCAAAUGCCGAACUAACAUCAUCAGUGCUGGCCAGUAUAGGCGUGCAGGAAAUACGUACGUGCCUGGUCGCGCACUGUCCUAACGCCUUCGGGGUUGCUAUUCAAGUCGACCACGAUUACAAGCUCACUUACUCCGGCGAUACUAUACCUUGUGAAGAGCUCGUCAGGAUUGGCAAAGACUCCACCCUUUUAAUCCACGAAGCGACGAUGGAGGAUGAAUUGGCAGAUGAGGCGCGGAUCAAAAUGCACUCCACUACAUCACAGGCCAUUGCCAUCGGAAAACAGAUGGGCGCCAAAUACACAGUUCUAACGCACUUCAGCCAAAGAUACGCGAGGCUCCCACGACUCAACUCCCACAUUCUGAACGAUAAUAACAGUGUUGGGAUUGCUUUCGACAACAUGCAGAUAACAACCAGCGACCUAGAGCUUCUCCCGCAUAUGUAUGCGCCAUUACAACUGAUGUUCGCUGAACAUUGUGUGGAAUUGGAACUGAAGGCGCAGAACCGAGCACGGCAAAAGAAACGGGCAAUUUCCCCUAGCAUGCCCACUUCCGCGCCAUGGAGGCAGCGCUCGCCAAGCUGCCACGGUACAGCCUCUGCGCCCGCAGCGACUUCUGUUUGCGGAUAUAGAGAGAGUAAAUCAUCUCGUUUAAGACAAGAAAAAAGUUUAGCAGAGCGCAGGGCUGGUUGCCGAAGCAAGUCGUGUUCCCGCUCUAAGGCUUCAAGUAGCCCGUCUAAAACACCAACCAGGUGCAGCACACCACAUUCACUGGACAGAUCUGUAAAUCAUAGAACGCCACCUACGACGAGCGAUACGUUGUCUGCUGGCAAGCGGAUUCCGGCCAACACCAACACGUCUGAAACUAGUCGAUCCACUUUUGUUAUCGACUCUCACUCGAGAACAUUAAAUUCAUCAACUGGCAGCUGUCUACCGGAAGUACCGGAUGUUACUGCCGACAUUUUUGUGAAUAAUAACAUUUUCGACCUCGCUAGAAAACCUGUGCCUGCAAAACCUAUUGGUUCUACAGGCAUGGGUCACGAAGAACGAUUCGGAAAUCGUACCAAUAAAAGGUCGGCGUUAAAAACAGGAGAACGCUCAAAACCUUCAGACAGUGAAAAAUUUUCUUCAUCUAUGAAGCUAUCCCGAUCACCCGUUCAAUCUUGGAGAGUACUGCCCAAAAUAGACAUUGCAAGCAGUAUUCUCUACCACUUAUUGUUCUGGAGGCUCUACCACAUUGUCAUCUGCUUUUCGUACUUGCAAUGGCAAUUACUAAUAAAAGUAAUCGCAGUUGGUUAUUUGUUCUGGACAGCUACUAAGGCCGUAUCCAGGUCUGGGGAAAAAUCUCGCGCCGUACUUGCUGGUUCUGAUACACAAAGGUUGAAUAUGAAAACCGUUCCUGACGCUAAAUCAAUAAGACAGCAAUCACCUCAGCCAAGAGUCACUUUGAGACAGGGAUCACUAUCACUAGAAAGAAAUCCGCAAGAAACAAGAUAUUUAACUACAUCCAACAGGCCGAGAUCGUCAAAUACGGCUUUUAUCAGAGACCGGAAUUCAGAAAAACCGUCGACAGUGCAGAAUAGUGGAAAACAUAUCUUAACAUUUCAUAAUGAUAGUCCUCUGAAAGUAAACGCCAAACCACAAGCUAUCGUAAAACCUACACCAACAACUUCUCGAGGAAGUUUCAAUGUGACAACGAGAAAGCCAGAGAGUUCCAAAUAUAUAAAAACUCUUCCCCCUAUGAAUAGCCGAUACUCAUUUAAUCACAGCAACAAAAGUUUCAAACCACAAUUGGAAGAUAUCAAGAGUUCUUUUUUGCUGAUGAAUAAUAAGAAUACAGGCAGAAAUGCUAAGGCUCAACCAGAAAGAGACAAUCGGCAGGUCCAAGUGUUUAAGCCACAGCCAUUAAAUGAAAAUGAAAGAAGAAAACUGUUACAGAAAACAAUAAGCAAGUUUCAGACAAAGCAAUAUUGGAAUGACUCAAAAUAUGACAAAAUAGAGGGCCUAAACUGGAUACCAUGGAAAUAAAUGAGUUUGUGAACAGAGCAUCUUUCCCAUAAGAAUUUAUUGACAGUUACAUGAAUGGUUUUGUUAAUUAAAGUUUACAAGCACUAAACAUAAAUAAAAAAAAUUGGAAAGA